ACAGUUCCACUUCCCAGCUCUACACUCUCAGCGGCAGCAGCAGCCGUCGUCAUUGUGCUCACAUGCGCCUCGCUCAUACACUUCCUGUUUGCCGUGUUUGUGAGCCAGUUUUUGUAUGUAAAGCGCAGAACGGCGUACGGCUCCGCUCUUUUUACCCAGGAUGUGGGUUUGCCUAUUAAAUCGUGAUGUGCGUGUUGAAUGAAUGGCAGCGACGCUGAACAGGAGACACCUUCCCUUGGAUUUUUUGGACUUUUAAGACACGCACAGGGGCUAUGGAGGCUGGCCAAUAACCCACAGAACCUGAGUGGUGAAUAUGCAGCACACCUCUUGUACAGAGGACCGGAUCCAGCAUGCUCUGGAUAGGUGUCUGGAUGGACUGCGGCAAAGUCCCACAGCAGCACAUCACUGGAACGUGCUGAUGUGCUCAGUGGGACAGUCAAUGAACCGAUGGAGCCUGGAGGAGCUGGUGAAGAGAGAUCCGGACAACUUCAUCAUCCUUUUACAGCAGAUCAUCAGGAAGACCCGAGAGGUUCAGGAGCAGUGUCAGUAUGAGCUGGUGGCUCCUCUCGCUAUCAUGUUCUCCUCCACGCUGUUGCAGACACCGUACUGCACUGAUAACACAGACCUGCUGGAGGAAGCCAUGGAUGUGUUUUGCCAUUUCCUCACAUGGCCUGAACCCUACUGCAGUGUGUGUAAAAAGCUUCUCUCCACAAUACAGCUAGAAAUGAAGGCCCCAGGAAUUUCCUUUCAGAGACUGGUGAGGGACGAGCAGGGCUUGAACACAUCCAUCCAGUGCUCAAAAACCAUGACUGUGUUGCUGAUGAACCCCAGUGAAGUUCCUGCUGACUUUGUUUCAGUGGCUGAGCAGCUCAGCUGCGUUCAGCACUCACAGAGAGAAACCUACAUCACUUUGAUUAAACACGCCUUCCAGUCCACACUAGGCACCAAGUACCCUCUGCACAGCAUUCACAGAGCUCUGCAGGAAAAACCUGUGAAUGAGCUGGAGGAGAUCUACUCCUUGGUAAGCGAUGCCUUAGAGGCAGCUGCUACCAUGAGUGAACCACUGAAGGGGCGGAGUCAUGUCAUCCAGGGACUGGAGAAACUCAGGGAGAUGAUGAAGAUCCCUGCUUCCAAUGGAAGGAAGUCUGAUGGAAUGUUGCAGACGCUACCCCUGCCCACAGCCAAAUGUUACAUGUUUAACUGGGAAAAAGAUAACUUUGAUGUUCUGAACACCCUUUUGGAGCAUGAAACUGGCUACCUGUCCACUAAUGAGCAGGAAGAAGAGGGUGAUAUUGAUGACGAGAGGUAUGUGACAGAAAUUGAUGUGGAAGAAGACAAAGACGAGGAGGAGCAUGGUGUUGAACCUUCUGCAAUAUCUAUCAUCCCUAGUGACUACCGCAACAGCCAUCGUGCCUCUACCUUCUCCACGAUCUCCUCCACAUCCAAAGACUCCAUGUUCUCCACCUUGUCUGUAGCCUCAGAAUCGUACGCUCCCUCCCUUCUUUCUAUCACCUCUGGAGCUGAUAGUGACUACUUUGAAGAUCCUGAUGACUACAUUUGCUCCUCUCCUGUCGCUGAAAAAUGUUCGCCAAGGUCAACAAAAAGUUCAGCUCGACUAAGCCAACACUUCUACCGGCUUUUCAUCAAACCCAAGAGCCCCCUUUCCCGGGCCAAAAGUUUAGGAAACACUGAAUCGAAAGACCUUUUUGUGGUGCGAGAGAAGCGUUCCAACUCCCUGCCACAGCAGGUCAGAUUACAUAUUCCUGAACCCUCACUCCAGCCACAAAGUCAAACCCUUAAACAUGUCUGCUUCCGAAGGAGGCCUAUUCUUAGCAGUGAUGAAGACAUUAAGAAUAUUACGCUGAGGGUGGUGGUAUUUGGUGCUGAUCAUGUAGCGGGGAAGGUGGCCCGAGCAUACAAUGACCUCAGGAGAAAGGAGACUGCAUGUCCGCGUCUCAGCAGGGCUUUCAAUCUUCAGUUCUACUUUGUGCCAGUGAAGAAAGACUCUGCAGUAAUAGCAGCUCGGAGAGGUUCUAGUCCUUUAAUUCAACCUGGAGCUUCAAAGGGAACAACCCUGUGUAACGACCACAUGGGCAUAGGGGACAGUACUAAUGACAUUGCCCAUCUCCUUGGUAUGCUGGAUCCUUGGUACGAAAGAAACACCCUCAGCCUGCUUAACUUACCAGCCAACAUCGUCUGCCAGCAAACCUCAAAAACAGAGUCCGAGUCCUACGAUAGCUCAUAUGAGCAGCGUCUACCCAUCCUGGCCGACUUGGUCCUGUACUAUUGCCGCUAUGCUGCUCGGCCAACUCUAAUCCAGCUCUAUCAGGCUGAGCUGACGUUAGCUUGUGGAGAGCGGAGGACUGAGGUGUUCGUCCACUCCCUGGAGUUGGGUCACGCCGCAGGAACGCGAGCCAUCAAGGCCAUGGGUGCUGCCAGUAAACGUUUUGGCAUUGAUGGUGACCGAGAAGCAGUCCCUCUAACUUUGGAAGUUGUGUACAACAAGGUUGUUAUUAGCGGCAGAAGUCAGUGGAAGCGAGAAACCAAAGUUUGUACUUCAGUAAACUUAAUCAAAGCAUGCAAGAAUCCUGAGGAGCUAGACUCAAAGAUGGAGUGCCUGCAGCUGACAAUGACUGAAGUCCUGAAGAGACAGAAUGGGAAAUGCAAAAAGGGCUACAACCAGCAACUGACUGUGACUGAGGUGAAGGUGGACAAGGUGCAGGUCAGCGGUGUUGAAAACACAACUUUUGCUGUGUGCCUGGACCAGGAUGAGAAGAAGAUACUACAGAGUGUCACCAGGUGUGAAAUAUCAGUGUGCUACAAACCUGACAGCUCCACUGACUGGAGGCUACGAAAAUUCCAGGCCUCUGCUCAAAUCCAGCCACUCCACCCGACCUUCUGCUCCCUCCUCUGCCUGCCCAUAGUCACUUUUAGUGGGGCUCUUCCCUGAGACUGCCGACCACUGAUCUGGGAAAGAUGCUCUGCACUGUUGUGCAUAUUCUGUGAAACUAGAGACUAACUAAAGAGGAUAUUUUAAUACUUUUUGCUAAUUUUUAUGAAGUACUUGGACAGAUUCACAUGAUGGUGCCUUCGACCUGCAGUGGGGUGCAACAUUUGGAAACAUAAAAACAGGGAUAGUAACAAAAGUCACCUGAUUAUUUUAUUUUAUUUUAUGUUAUUUUUUAUAUAUAUUUACACGUACCAGAAGACCCAGGCAACCAAGAGACCGAGUUGAUUGUGUGUUGUUUUUUUUGUACACAGCAGUCAUUCUGUGUAAUUAGGGAACACUUUGGGUUUCAUUCAUCAAGUUUCACUUCCUCUUUCUGCACUGACAGACAAACAUGACUCCACCCACAGGCACAUUAAAAUAUCCUCUGGGUAAACAGGGUGAAUCUAGAGAGUCUUGGGUGAAAAGAUACACAAACUAGCAACACCACAUGCUGUGCUACCAGGCUCCUGGUGAGGGAGAUGUUAAGACUGUGGUAUAUUGGAGUCAAAGUUUACCAACUUUUCUCUCUGGAAAUCCAUGUGGAGGUGUCUAUUGGGGGUUAUAAUCAGAUUAGGUGACAAUAUCUGAGAAUGCACACUAUUAGAGAAUAUGUAAAUAUUAUUUUUGUAAAUAUUCUGCCGUGUACUAUAACUUGAAAAUCACAUCAUCAUUUUUAUGCCUGUUAUACACAGUUAUAACAUUUCUCCUAAGGAGUUACACUGUACUGUUUUAACUGAAAUUAUAAGUAUGACCAGCAGAGGGCCCCAGUGACUUUUUUAUUUGACUUCACUUGAAGUACAGUGUACUUGGAAUAAAGUGUCUUUGUAAUUACUGUAACAUAUUUUAUGAACGAAAUGUUUUUGAUUUUGUUUUUAAAUAAGGACACCAGUAGGGGAAAAGGUGUUUAAAAAUAGAUUUGGAUGUACACUUCCUGCAUGAAAAGGAACUGAUUCAUUGCACUUUACACUCAGUAAUCUGUGCAAUUAAAAUGUUAUUGUUUUGUUAGUGUAAAGGGAUAAUAUCCUGAUGACUUGACUGACACUGAAAUUGAAGCACUGCAGAUUGGUAUAAUUAAAUGACAUGACAAUCGAGCGAACAGGCGGUUAAAUUAGGUACUUUUUGUGUUUAAAUGUCAGAUAAAUGCAUGACACCAGUGCCCUCCAUCUACAUGUGUCCUCUGAUGAAAGUGUGAUAUUUCUUUCUGUAAAUUAUAUUUGUCUAUCUAUGAAACAUCUUCAAUUCAGAGAUCAUUAAAAUAUGUAUAUGUCUGCAGAGUAA